AUGGCGACGACUAUCUCAUCCCUUCCGCCUGAAGUUGUCUUUCUGAUCGCUGCUGCCGCCGAUCCUGAUGACCUAGCCAGCCUACGCCUCGUCAGUAAGCAGUGGUGCUCGAUAUCAACCAAGCUGUUUGGCAUCGCAAAACUCCAACAUCGUCGUUUCAUAAUAUCGCCUUACAGCCUACAAGGUCUUGUUGAUCUGACGGCGCAUCCAGUCCUAGGUCCUUGUGUUCGAUCCAUCGAAAUCGGCACCUAUCGCAUGAAGAAAUAUUUCGUGAACACCCAACCUCGGCAUGAAGCAAGUCGGGCAAAUAUCGCAGCACUUACGCAGUUUCCAUUCGAGGCGACUGGGUUGCAUACUAUUCUUGUUACUAAGGCUUUGGCGAACCUCAAAAGAUAUGGUGUUAAGCCCAUGAUUGGAAUGUUCGAAGAUGUGGUUUCCGCUGGACCUGGAGAUAAGUUUGUUCGCCGCGGAUACGGGCAUGAUGAGCUCUAUGGCUCGGUCAACAUUCUUGAGUAUGGCGACUCACGAGCAGCACAGACCCUUAUAGCCCUGGUCACGGCGCGCAGUAGCUCAGGAUGCCCUAUAAGCGGGAUCUCAGUUGACCUUCAAUGGAACUCGCUUGCACGACAAGCAAUAGGUAGACAUCCGGGACUACAGCAGCUGCUGAACAAUCUAUUAGUGUCUCCCUUGGGCCAGCUUCAGUCUGGCUGGAACCUGACAGUGACGCUUACAGAACGAAGUGGUAACACGGAAUCUCACACUCUCAAAAUUCGUGAUCAAGACAAAAGUUUAUCUCUGAACUUCCUAUCGAUAGAGGNNGAAUACGAAGGGACGGAAAUCCCACAGCUCGAUCAAGAGACCUUUGGCUCGCUUGUCAACCCCUUGUAUCAACAACACUUUCAGAAGAUCUCACUCAAGCAUUGCUCAAUCGACACGUCGGUUUUCGUUCUAUUAAAAGCACACGCAAAGAGCUUGCGACAUCUGAGUAUAUCGUUGUCCAUCUUCUAUGACGAUGAAAUCGAGGAUGGCAUCAAGCUGCUUACGACUAUUGAGCAUGACCUGGCACUGGAGUCACUGGUCCUUCAUAAUCUGAGCUACGAAAACAGGCACAGUCUGGUCUCUAUUGUUGGCAAGGAGAUUAAGGGCGAAAGCUCGGCACAAGUCACUGCCAUGGUUGAGGAUCUGAUCAAAUCUGUUCGAGCAAUAAAUGCAAAGUUGGGACGAACUGGGGCCGAUGAUGAGGAGUCGGACGACAACCAGGCGCCUUGA